AUGAAGCUCAACGUGGACGGGCUGCUGGUCUACUUCCCGUACGAUUACAUCUACCCGGAGCAGUUCUCCUACAUGCUGGAGCUCAAGCGCACGCUCGACGCCAAGGGUCAUGGCGUGCUGGAGAUGCCCUCAGGAACUGGGAAGACAGUGUCCCUGUUGGCCCUGAUCAUGGCUUAUCAGCGGGCGUAUCCGCUGGAGGUAACUAAACUCAUCUAUUGCUCAAGGACAGUGCCCGAGAUUGAGAAGGUGAUUGAGGAGCUUCGGAAGCUGCUCAACUUCUACGAGAAGCAGGAGGGCGAGAAGCUGCCGUUCCUGGGGCUGGCGCUGAGCUCCCGGAAGAACCUGUGCAUUCACCCUGAGGUGACUCCCCUGCGCUUUGGGAAGGAUGUGGACGGGAAAUGCCACAGCCUCACGGCCUCCUACGUGCGGGCGCAGCACCAGCGGGACGCCAGCCUGCCGCACUGUCGCUUUUACGAGGAGUUUGACAUCCACGGGCGCCAGGUGCCCCUUCCCGCUGGCAUCUACAACCUGGAUGACCUGAAGGCCGUGGGGCGGCGCCAGGGCUGGUGCCCCUACUUCCUUGCCCGGUACUCGAUCCUGCAUGCCAACGUGGUGGUUUACAGCUACCACUACCUCCUGGACCCCAAGAUCGCAGACCUGGUGUCCAAGGAGCUGGCCCGCAAGGCCGUGGUGGUCUUCGACGAGGCCCACAACAUUGACAAUGUCUGCAUCGACUCCAUGAGUGUCAACCUCACCCGCCGGACCCUGGACAGGUGCCAGGGCAACCUGGAGACCCUGCAGAAGACAGUGCUCAGGAUCAAGGAGACGGACGAGCAGCGCCUGCGAGACGAGUACCGCCGCCUGGUGGAGGGGCUGCGGGAGGCCAGCGUCGCCCGGGAGACCGACGCCCACCUGGCCAACCCGGUGCUGCCCGACGAGGUGCUGCAGGAGGCGGUGCCGGGCUCCAUCCGCACGGCCGAGCACUUCCUGGGCUUCCUGCGGCGGCUGCUGGAGUUCGUCAAGUGGCGGCUGCGCGUGCAGCACGUGGUGCAGGAGAGCCCCCCCGCCUUCCUGAGCGGCCUGGCCCAGCGCGUGUGCAUCCAGCGCAAGCCCCUCAGGUUCUGCGCCGAACGCCUCCGCUCCCUCCUGCACACCCUGGAGAUCGCCGACCUGGCCGACUUCUCCCCGCUCACGCUGCUGGCCAACUUCGCCACCCUGGUCAGCACCUACGCCAAGGGUUUCACCAUCAUCAUCGAGCCCUUUGAUGACAGGACCCCGACCAUUGCCAACCCCAUCCUGCACUUCAGCUGCAUGGACGCCUCGCUGGCCAUCAAACCCGUCUUCGAGCGCUUCCAGUCUGUCAUCAUCACAUCUGGGACGCUGUCCCCACUGGACAUCUACCCCAAGAUCCUGGACUUCCACCCUGUCACCAUGGCAACCUUCACCAUGACACUGGCCCGAGUCUGCCUCUGCCCCAUGAUCAUCGGCCGUGGCAACGACCAGGUGGCCAUCAGCUCCAAAUUCGAGACCCGGGAAGACAUCGCGGUGAUCCGGAACUAUGGGAACCUCCUGCUGGAGAUGUCCGCCGUGGUCCCCGACGGCAUCGUGGCCUUCUUCACCAGCUACCAGUACAUGGAGAGCACCGUGGCCUCCUGGUACGAGCAGGGCAUCCUCGAGAACAUCCAGAGGAACAAGCUGCUCUUCAUUGAGACCCAAGACGGGGCAGAGACCAGCGUUGCCCUGGAGAAGUACCAGGAGGCCUGCGAGAACGGCCGCGGGGCCAUCCUGCUCUCAGUGGCUCGAGGCAAAGUGUCCGAGGGAAUCGACUUCGUGCACCACUUCGGGCGGGCCGUCAUCAUGUUCGGCGUCCCCUACGUGUACACGCAGAGCCGCAUCCUCAAGGCGCGGCUGGAGUACCUGCGGGACCAGUUCCAGAUCCGAGAGAACGACUUCCUCACCUUCGACGCCAUGCGCCACGCAGCCCAGUGCGUGGGCCGGGCCAUCAGGGGCAAGACGGACUACGGCCUCAUGGUCUUCGCCGACAAGCGGUUCGCCCGGGCCGACAAGCGCGGGAAGCUGCCCCGCUGGAUCCAGGAGCACCUCACCGACGCCAACCUCAACCUGACGGUGGACGAGGGCGUCCAGGUGGCCAAGUACUUCCUGAGGCAGAUGGCGCAGCCGUUCCACAGGGAGGACCAGCUGGGCCUGUCCCUGCUGAGCCUGGAGCAGCUGCAGUCCGAGGAGACGCUGCGGAGGAUCGAGCAGAUCGCCCAGCAGCUGUAG